UAUCAGCAUAUAGCCCACAGUACAGUGUUUAGCCUACGUGCUAAGGCGUAUUUCUAUCGUAAUACGCCCAUGCUAUUUUCACUUCUACAUUGGUUUCUUCCGGCUGAGAAGGAAACUACCGUACUUCAAAUCGACCCCGUUCUCUCCUUCGAAGUGCACUACACAGAGUACUGUACAGUAACUUGGCAGAGUCUCCCUACAUAGGCCCACUAUUUUUCCGUCAGGAAGGCAUUUGGGAUCCUGCCAAAAUGUGGAAAUGAAGAAAGAUGGACAUUAGUCGACAUUAAUGGUCGUUAUGGACUGGAUAUUCGAUUAUAUUUUAAUCGCGUUGCUCAUGAAACUUUGCGCAUCUUCGAGUGAAUUAUCACCACAGAAAGUUGAAGUCCAAUCGUCGGUGUUAUCCUGGAAUCUUCCGAAAGACUACACGAACAUCACGUAUGCCGUUCAGUGCAAUGUGACGCUGAGUGACUGGCGUGAUGUAUACAGAGGAAAUCAACAGCAGUUCAACUUCUCGGCAGAGGCAGAGGACUUCUACGGGAAGAGAUUUCGCGUGCGAUCCGAGAGAGAUGAGCAAACAUCAGCCUGGGUGAUGUCAAAGCUGGUUCAGUGUGCACACCUUCACACAUGUGCUCCUGUAAUAGAGCUGAAGGUUGAGACCGAUAAGGUGCACCUGUGGAUGAAACACAGGGACGAGAGUCUGAAGAAGGAGAAAGGUGGACACCUCAAGUUCAUACCUCUGUACUGGAAAAGAAACAGCACUGAUAAUAAAGAGUCCUUUGUCAAGUCCGACCACAUCGUCCUCGAAGACCUUGACUCGGGAGAAGAAUACUGCUUCCAGGUCAAGUACUUGUAUUUCACGGAGGCCUUUGGAAAGCCCAGUCGGGAAAUAUGUACAGUCAUCCCUGAAUCAUCCAAACAGCGAAACCUGCGGAUUAUCCUGCUAGGUGUGCUAACAGUAUCGGUAUUCACCAGCCUGGGAGGUUUCCUGUAUUUUGGUCACAAAUAUUACAAAAGGAUUAAAGCGCUGUUUCGGCCCCCGCUGGACAUCCCUGAGCAUUUCGAAGAGUUUUUUUUCAGUGAAUUACCUCACCGCCCAGCUGCUGAUCCUGCUAGCCAAGUGACCGAGUCGUGUGACAUUAUAUCUUUCGUGGAGGAGGUUGCAGAAGACGAGGACAGAAGUGAUUUGGAACACGUUGAGGAGAAAGCGAGCUCCAUAUAGAGCGAACACAGCGUCCUACUCCGAGGGACUUGUCAGGAAUGUGAACUUUUGAUACUUUAUAUUUUUCUACAUUGACUUCAUGCACUAUUGUUCCUUUGCUUGGCCUUCAGUGAGUUUGUCCUGCAUGAAAAGUGCAUUUUUCCAGCUGUUGAACAGUCAUGUUGUUUAGCCUCAUGACCAUGGAUUCAUCUGCUCUGUCAGUUGGUUAUAUUUCGGUCAGAUAAUUAGAGUAAUCCUGAUGGAGCUUUGACUUUUAUUUACUGGGAACUUGUAACUUUAUUUUUUAAAGUGUGUGUAUAUUUGGGACGGGAGUGUGUGUGUGGGGGGGGGGGGGGGGGGGGGGGGUUAACGGUGCACUUUGACACUUUAAACUGAAAUAAGGACUCCUUUUUAUGAGAACCAGAAUGUUUCAGUGUUUCAGUUAUAUAUCAUAGUAUUCCUCUAUAAGAAGGUGUGUCAGAGAUACAGCUUUCAAUUGGAACACUCUCCCAAAUCAACACGACUUUCUGACUUUGUUAGACAUUAGACAGGAAAAAACUCUGUAAGUCCUUUACACAGCCGGAGCCACAAAAUAUUAAUUGUUACGGUGCUGAGCAAUUUUAAAACCACUAUUUACUUUAACCUAUUAAGGUUUACUAUUACAAAUGAAUUGCGUUGUACUGUUUUACUGUGUCACUCUGGGACAUGACAAAGGUAUGAUAAAAUAAUAAUAAGAGAACAACCUAAUGAUGUAUUUUCUGUAUGUCCCAGAUUUUACUGUUUUAAAAAAUCAACGCGAUUCAGUCAAAUUCAUUCAGUCUUUUGGUUUGAAAACUUGAGCUUGAACUUUAUUAACCAGGUUUGUUACAGUAAGAAAGUCACUCUCAGUCUCCAGUAUUUAUUCGUGGAAAUCCAGUAAAUCCAGAACAUUUAUGCCUGAGGGGAAAUAAAUUUACUCAUGAGAAGACUAUCUAAUGCAAUAUCGACUCGAUCGACUUGCAAAUGGAUUUUUUUUUUUUUUUUUUUGUUAGAUGGAACAACAU